AUGAUUAAACUUGGUUUUAACAAAUUCGUUUCACCAAAAUUAACUUGGGCUAGACCCGAGUAUCUGAGUCUCGAAGUCUUUCCUGGCCAGGAGUCCAUCCCAGUGUCUAUGGUUUGGAGCCCACCGCCGCCCACAAGCCACUUGUUAAUAGAAGUUGAAUGUCACAGUCUGGGUUGGUACGAUAAUCACUACGGCUGCGGAGGCAGACGAGUGGGCCCACCCGCAAACAUGGGGGGCAAAGUCCCUCACAUUGCUUGCGACAGCAUGAUUGGACCACCGAAGGAGACCUGCACCAAUUCAAAUUCCGGGCCGCCCACAUGCAUCUCGCGGGCGCUUACAUGUCCGCACCCUCAUUGGGCCGCCGGCGUUGUGAUCAACGGUGAAAGGGACCACCCACCGAGGUUGGCGCCCACGUUGGGUGACACCCACACUUGGCAAGGCGCCAAAAGCAAGCAAUGA